AAAGUCAUGUGAUUAUAAAAAUGGCAGCUACUUUUCAUUUCAGCAAGGAAACACCCCCUGAAUCUAUGUUUACAGAUAUACAGACUCUGAACAAGUUUCAAACAAAUCAAUUCAAUGAACUGGUAGAAUAUUCCUUAGAAUUUUUGUCUGAACCAGGAAAGGCAUCCAGGUUGAUGACAAAACUUGAAGAUUUUGCAGAACAAAACAGUGUGAACAGCAAUGCUUUAAAAGGUGUAUUUAAAAGUUUGAUAGCAAUCCCAAAUGGGGCUCUAAAGAAAAGUUUAAAUGUUACCCAACUGAAGGAAGAUCUUGUCAAUUUAGGUUUGUCUGAAGAAAAAGCAGAUUAUUUUUGUCAGCAGUGGAACAACAAUUUAGCAGCCUUAUCUAAAGGUGCUUUAGGACAGACAUUAACAGUAAAUCAGCUUGUAGACAUGGAAUGGAAAUUUGGAGUAACAGCUGCAAGCAGUCAGGUGGACAAGGUGGGGAAUACAUUCUUACAGUUGAAGUUGGCUAUAAAUACAGGCAAUGGGAUAAAAAAUACAUAUAUGGAGUUAACGCUUCCACAAUUUUACUCAUUCCUUCAUGAAAUGGAGAAAGCCAAAGCAAGUCUAGAAUACCUGAGUUGAUGAUACGUGCAAUGUGAUAAAUAGGAUGUUGUAAAUAGUUAUACAUAUUUCUGUAUGUAAAUCAAUUUUAUUGUGAUGUUCUCUUUUACUCCCACCUAAAUUUAAAAAGAAGAAAGAAACAAGAGAAAUGAUAACAGCAAAAAAUCUCACUCUUAAUAUAAUUGGAAGAUAAGGGAUGCUUAAAAUAAAAGAAAUCAUCAAUCUG